AUGGAAUUGCUCGGAAGCAGCAAGAAGCUCAAUGUCAACAUCCAGGAUUCCGACGGGAUGACUCCUCUCCACCAGGCGGCGCUGAGCGGCAACCUGGAGAUUCUGAAGUCGCUGCUGGACAACGGCGCCAACGCGGAUCCUGUCGAUACGAGAGGUAUGAGACCGCUGCACUAUGCCGCCUGGCAGGGCUGGCUGGAACCCGUGAGAGCGCUGUUAGAGCUAGGAGCGUCAGGCAACGAGGCAGCGCUGGAUGGGAACAUACCCCUACAUCUAGCCUGCCAACACGGACACCAUAACGUG